ACACACGGGCCACAUCCGAGUGAGCCUCGGGGACGGUUUGAAAAACGAAUCGGGUGACUCGCGUUGCGCGUACGCACGGACGCGCGCGCUCCAAUUUUGAAUUUGCUCGGCCUUUUAUAUCGGACAUUUUAUACUCUUUUUUUUAAACUGUAUUUACAAAUUUCAUUCUAUUAUAUAUUUGUGUUCCGGUUAAUUGUGAACAAAAAUUUGUGUGAGUGAAAACAUGAGAUGAUACGUAACAGUUGAGUGGAAAAUAGUCAAACUUUUUUUUUAUGAAAACAUCGGAGUUGCUGUUGUUACCAGAUUUUCCAAAAAUCACGAUGAAUCAACAGUGUAAAGUCUGCGGGGAGCCGGCAGCUGGAUUCCACUUUGGUGCUUUUACGUGCGAAGGAUGCAAGUCGUUCUUCGGCCGGACGUACAAUAACCUGUCCUCGAUUUCUGAAUGCAAGAACAAUGGCGAGUGUGUCAUCAAUAAGAAAAACAGGACGGCUUGCAAGGCAUGCAGGCUACGGAAAUGUUUGCUAGUCGGCAUGUCCAAAUCAGGAUCAAGAUACGGGAGAAGAUCAAACUGGUUUAAAAUUCACUGCCUUUUACAAGAACAACAGCAACAACAUAUACAACAAAUGCAAACAAGUAAAUCGCCACCCACAUUCAAUACUUCAAUCAGUCCAUCUUUUUUACCGAGCAACUUGUUGCCAGCUGCAGCUUUAGCAGAAUAUUAUAAAAAUUCAGAGAAAAAUACGUAUACAGAUGAAGUAACACGACAAAGUGUGUCUCCGUCUGAUUCCGGAGCAUCAUCAGCUGACCCAGAAGACGAUAAUAGUUCAAGAAGUACGAGCGGUUUAAGCAUUUUUAGACCAGCAUCGUCGCCUAGCAGUGAAAAGGAUGUACGGUUACAAGCUAUUAAACAUCAAAAUAAGGAAUUUAGAAGAAAAAGACCACCUCCCGUUCUUCCAUCAGCGUUUGGAGCUAUGGCAGCUUCGCCUAGUUUUACUCCAAGGAACGGCCCGUUUUUGCCAACACCAGUUCAAAACAUAAGACCGAUUCCACCAGGACUAGCGUGGCAAAACCGAAAUGGAGGAGACUUGAUGUUGCACUCUCCACCUGUUGCAGGAGUUGCCAUCGAACAGGAUCAACCGAUAGACCUAUCUAUCAAGUCUACUGCUGUUUUAUUUAGAAGUCCAAAAAAUGAAGACGUUAGUGAUUCAGAACCUGAACUAAGUAUCGAUUUAAAUGAUGAUAAUGGCAAGGAUAUUAUGAAAAAUCCUCUCGAUUUGAGUCUUGUUUCAAAACGAGCGGAAGAAGUUCCCAUGACUGGUUAA